AUGCAAAAUAUCAACGCUGCGUAUUUACCUCCUUCACAAUUUGUUCUUCCUCAUCAUCAACACGAGAAGGAACCAAAACAUCAUGAAGUGCAAGAAGAGACCGUUAUUGAACAGGAAGAACUAACCAAUGAAAUCAAUGAACAAAUCAUUGCGAAUGACAUGGUAACAAGUGAUCGAGAUAGUCAUCAAGAACCUCCUCCACCUAAAGAACAGCUCGACAAUGAAAUGGAAGACGAAAUUAACAUGUUUGAAUCACCACUGGAACAGGACUUAUCCAAAGAGUGGCCUCUUGUGAAACAUGAAGUUGAAACCAUGUGGCAAGAAUUUAUCAUAUUGUGUACACAGAUACGAGCAGGUCAUUUGACGGCUGAUACCAUCUUGUCUCUGUACAAAUUUAUUGCUUUAUUUACCGUGUGUGUGUUGACGAUUGUCAUUUCGAUUGAAGUGAUUCAAAGUAGUAGACAAAUGCAGUGA